GUGUAGUACAUCUUCAGCUGGCAGGCCGGUUAGCCUUUCGCAUUUUCGCUACAGACUUCUCACGCUUCGGACCUGUCUCUGUGAACGGUGUGUGUGCGCGUUUGGUUUGGGGGACCCUCUCUAUGGUAACUAGACUGUCAGUCCCGGCGAUAAUAGCAACAGUAACAACAACAGCAACACUAAAACCAACAACUAGUAACAGUCGACAGAAAAGGCAACAACAACAAAAUAUUACCGAAAGCGAGUGAGUUUAGUGAGUGGGGGUCCCUGACAGUGUCUGAACAGUUCGGGAUCAGGAAACGCAUAACUUUGAUUGGAACGGGUAGAAAUCAGCUGGUCGUUGUUUUUUUCGGGAACAAUAGUGUGAAGUUUUUGUUGGGUUAUUGUGAGUGGAGUACCGUUAGGUGAUCUUUGAACUGUUGUUUAUUUUUUGCUUCUGUACACGAAGGAAAACUGUUGAGUUAAAAACGUUCGAGUGAAGGACAUUCCGCUGAAUUACAAGUGAACCGGUACUUUGUGAUUGUGAUAGCAGUGUGGCAAGAAAAGGUGAAGAUUUUUUUUUAAAUUGUACAGUGAAAAAGGAAAGUAUAAUACGAAGAGAAGCUAGUGACAGUGAGUGUGAAAAAAAUUCAGAAAUCACGAAUUUCUGUGCGGUGGGUAUUUGUGUUCGGUGCAAGAAUCACCUUUUUGGUCGCGUGGAAACCGCGUGGGCACCGAAAUGGACUUGCUGUGCACGGAGAAGCUAGGUAGUGAGAACGAAGUAGGCGGCCAACAGCAGCACCACCAGAACGUUGGCAGUAGUAGUACUAGUAGUAGCGCAGGACUGCAGCAGGCGCAGAUGGAAGUGCGCCUCAAUACGGCGGUAAAGGAUCCCACAUUUCUAGACGAUCGGUGUUUGGAAAAUUUGCUGAAAGCCGAAGAUCGAGUGAAACAGUGCCCCAACUACGUUGUACAGAAGGACAUCAACGCGAGUGCCCGGCGGAUCGUCGCCGAUUGGAUGCUGGAUCUGUGCGAUGAACAAAACUGCCAGGAGGAGGUCUCCCUGCUCAGUCUCAGCUAUAUGGACCGCUUCCUCAGCCAGGUCACGAUCAAAAAGACACAACUGCAAAUCCUAGCCGCCGCCUGUCUGCUGCUGGCUUCGAAGCUCCGCGAGCCCAGCUACAAGGCACUGCCAGUGGAGCUGCUAGUAUUCUACACCGACUACAGUAUCACCAAGAAGGAUCUGAUCCGAUGGGAACUUCUAGUCCUAAGCUGGCUGAAAUGGGACGUCUCGACGGUGACGCCACUGGACUUCCUGGAGCUGCUGCUGUGCCGGCUGCCGAUCGAGAACCGAAAGUGUCACGAUAUCACCACAGAAAAAGUGCGGAAGCACGCCCAGGCUUUCAUAUCGUUAGCAGCUAGAGAAUGUUAUUUUUCCAAAUACACAGCCAGUACGGUGGCGGCAUCCAGUAUUGCGGCAUCGCUGAGCGGACUUAAGUGGGACCUGCGCAGCGGCCAGUCGCUCAGUUAUUUGGUGGACAGGUUCACCGACCUGACCGGGGUGGAACAGGAGUACAUCUACGAAUGCAUGGACAAAAUGGAAGCCAUCUUCCAGGAGCAGCGCCGCCGUUUGCCCCAGUCGGUGCACCUAGCCGCGGCAACGGCCACCAUCGUGUCCCAGCAGCAACCCCACCUGCAGCAGCCCUGUGUAAAUCUUAAAAGUAGUUCCACCACGCCGACGGAUGUCCAAGACAUCGAUUUCUAACAAUCGCCAUCACGGGUAGAUCACACCGCCGCAUCCAUUCACACACGCACACAGUCAGCAGCAGUAUCAAAAAUGGGAUAGAUGGAGUCUCCCGGUGGAUUUCGCUACUCCGGCUUCUAUUGGCUUCCUGCGGUGGGUGGGGUGGUUGAAGGUUGAAGCAGCAGCAGCAGCAGCAGCAGCAACAGUCCGGCACAGUAGCGCAAACGAAGCGAUGCUAAAACAAUUUUUGGUGCUAUAUUAUAAAUCAAAUUACAUUUAAGUUACACUCGAAGAAGCGGCAACACACCUGCAGGCGGCGGGUCGUCAGGCAGCAAACAAGUGCAUGACAAGGAUUUAAUCACUUGAAGAUAUGGUGCGCGCUCUGCUGCUCACUUCGCCACUUGCCACCCUCCCACCAUCAAAGAUAAACAGCACGAGCACGUUUGAAAGGGGACGCAAAAGCGGAAAAUCAAAAUAGACCGUAACCGGCAACGAAAGGCUUGUGCGAUCCAGGAUACGGCUAAGCCACGCCAUGCUAAGCAAGCGAACAGAGAAGUUUUAUUUUUCCAAGAAAUUUACGGAAAUGCAAUAAGCUUAAUAGGACUUAUACAGACAUAUAUAUUUUUGCGAUAUUGCGACGGAUUUCUAUUAUCUUCCAAGCCAAGCUUUAGACGUAACUUAUUAGCAUGUAGGAAGAAAAACAAGUAUCCCCACAAGCAGAAACUGAUAAUUCAUUAACGCAAGAUUUCCAGUGCUUCCAGUGAACGUGAACGUGAGUAACGUAGUGAAGGAAAGAGGUAAACAAACAGAAAGAAAUUGCUGGAGAGUAGGUACAUAUCUGAAUACUAUUAGCUCUGUAAGUGCAUUACUAUUAUAGUAGUUAUUUUUUCCUCUCCUGUAAAUAUAGUACGUAGAAGAGAAUAGGAAGAAGUAUAAAGGUGCGGACACACGAUGAUAGUUUCUGCAAUGUCAAUCUAACCAGCUGGGUUUAUUUUUUUAAGAGGGGGGUACACGGUGCCACAUAAACAAAGAUUUCCACAGAUUUCGCGAUAUUUUUAAAAUAUUUUCACGCACCUAAACAUUGGUGGCUAGUUACUAUCAUCGUGUUUUCUCGUCUAGAUCAGACAUCCCAAUACAAAGAAAGAUAAGGCCCAUGCAAAGCAUAGGUACAACAGUGCGCCGUAAUAAUUUAACACUACACUGAAAAACCAAGACGCGGCCGAUUGAAGUAUGGAAUGGUACCGAGGUAAAUCAAUUAGCGGUUCAUUGAUGUGAUGACGACGUACAUGUUUGAUCUGGUGAUUACCAUAAGGAAAGGCAAUUUUUAAAAGUUUUAGCUAUUAUUACUAUAUUACUUCUGAUGGACCGUAGUACGUUCAUGUAAUCUAUGGGAUCUACUGAGCUACGGUAAUGGUGUUAUGUGGGAUGAUUUUUUUUUCAAAAACUGAAUCAGGUGUCUAAGUAUGAAUAGCGCUGUUUUCUCAUAGAUGGCGUUAGUGGGCGUAUUAAGCUACCAUGGCAAUUUUGAUCUGAGUGAGAACUAGCGUGACCUUCGUUUUUAUCUUGGGGGUAUCGCUCCAUGCGGUAUCCAUUUUUCAUUUCAUGAAACCUUUUCUAUGGCCCGAAAGUACACGGAAAAAGUUGGCUACUGAGUGUUACUGAACACUCAAUUGUUCGAUAGGUAUUCUCUGUAAAUUCGCAUCUUUCUGCCAUUCUUGGUUUCCAAAAGUGUGCUUCCAUUUAAGGCAAAAAACUAGACUUGAUGACCGAAGGAGAAAUGUUCGUUGCAUA